CAAGUUGGACACUGAUCAUAGCAAGUUGGUCACUGGUCAAAGCAAGUUCGUCACUGGUCAAAGCAAGUUGGUCACUGGUCAAAGCAAGUUGGACACUGGUCAUAGCAAGAUGGUCACUGGUCAAAGCAAGUUCGUCACUGGUCAAAGCAAGUUGGUCACUGGUCAAAGCAAGAUGGUCACUGGUCAAAGCAAGUUGGUCACUGGUCAAAGCAAGUUGGACACUGGUCAAAGCAAGUUGGUCACUGGUCAAAGCAAGUAGGUCAUUGGUCAAAGCAAGUUGGUCACUGGUCAAAGCAAGAUGGUCACUGGUCAAAGCAAGUUGGUCACUGGUCAAAGCAAGUUGGACACUGGUCAAAGCAAGAUGGACACUGGUCAAAGCAAGUUGGUCACUGAUAAUUUUUCUCAUCAUCUGCCUUUGUUGCACUGGUCAGUUGUGUGGCUCAUUCGCUUUAUACUGUGAGUGCGUUAAGCUUAAACGCUCUGACUUAACGGACAUUGUACCGUUGUGA